AUGUCAGCACCAUCAUCUCCGGUGAUAAACGGGGCACUACUCUCACAGGCCUUGAGUUUUGGCCCGGAUAGCUGGAUGUCUCACGAAUGGGCUCCCGCAAGCCAAGCGCCAGAGUUAUCUGCCGUGGGCUCGGAUAUUCAGAGCACCUCGGAUCGCAUUCCUUCCUCUAUACACUCCCAGGAUUACCAUGGCAGUGUGAGGAGUGGGUCCCGGGCGCGGGACUCUUUCGAUUCUGUGUCAGGCGAUCCAGUGAAUCACCAGCAGUCCUACGGCGACAAUUGGCCACUCAGAGGACCAACAUAUGUACACGGUGUAGGCUCUAAUGUCGUUAUGCCGGAAAACACUCCCCUGCGAAGACGAAAGUCAUUCGCAGCUUCGAUAUGUUCUAGCGUAGAACCGGGAUUCGUCAGUCCCAUUACGCAGGAUCUCCGUCCGGAAGCUUCUAUUGGAAACAACGCGGGAAGCCUCACUUCGCAUACGAUAUCGCCACUCGAACCCAUCGCUAAUUCGGCUGGGAAAGUCAGGGCAGACGAACAGCAAGGUUAUGCUAGAACAGGUGACGGAGGAUUUGCGUCUCAAUUAUUGCAAGAGAUGGAUGUCUGGAACACGGGCCCGCCGAUGCUCUCACUGGACUCUCGGAUAUCGGCUCCAGGCGGGGGUUCAAGUUUCAGCUCUCAUCUCCCGAUGUUUGGCUAUAACCGGGACGACGGAGGAGCGUGGGAUCCGAAGGCUUAUAGAUCUCAUAGCUUGGAAGGAUCGCAAGCAGAAAUGAACCACUUGCCUGCGAGUAUCCGGACGGAGCAGAGAAGCACCUUUACAGGUGAUCAUAGUGCUACGAUCGACGAGAACUCCCAACCCCGUCUACACGAACAGAGUGAUAUCGGAUUACGUAGAAACGCUGCAAGGAACAGGAGACGUCGUAUGCCUGAUAACGCAUCCGCAGACCUAGGAAGUCUCAGUAAGGGGACUUCGUAUGAGGAAAGUGUAGCAAGUGUGGGCAGAGAUAACCUUUCUAGGCCCUCUUCCGGGUCGCGAGAUAUCAGCCAAGCGUCUACCAAUGGUUAUGGUCAAGAUAAUGCCUUUGGGGAUUAUAGGGGGCAAGCCCAGCCAACGAAUCCGAGGCGCUUCGCUGAGGAUGUUCCGCGCAUUGCACAAGUCAGCUCUAGGCCUGAUCAUACAGGUGAUGAGUAUCCGAAACCGCUACAACGCGCCCUGUCACCUCAAAGCAAGAAGAGCAGGCAACCAUGGACACGGAGAUGGUUCAGGAGAAAACCGGCGAAAGACACUUCGGAGCAGAAACAGAUGCACGAUUUUUGUCAUGGUUUGAAGAAAGAUCCGGGCAACUGUGGGUACUGUAUGGCCGAAGAUGACACAGCGGACUACGCAUGA